UCUUGUUACUGUAGGGCAGCCAGGUGCGGAGAGAAAAUGGAGUAGCAGGAGCAUUCCCGCCAUCUGUUUGCCCCAUUAUCGUUGCCAUUUUCUUUCAUCAAAACAAACGGCCCAGUCGAUAGUCUCUUCUCCCGCGGCAUCUUCCAUUACAUGCUCACUCUCCGCUUCACUACUGGCUCUCUCUGCCGCCAUCGUUACUCAAUCAAAUCUCUUCCUCCUCCUCCUCUUUCUCUUUCUUCAUCGUUCUUCACAUUCUCCUGUAAGCCACUAUCUCUCUUCUUAAACCCUAAUUCUGUCCAUAAUUUCACUUGCACAAUGUCAUCUGCCCCCAAGAAAAGCGCCUUCGAUGUCCUAAUGUCCAAAAGCCGCGCUCCUAAUUCGAAGAAAGAGACUACAAAUUCUCCCAAGAAACGUAAAACCCUAGACUCUACCCCUACCGGUAACAGAACCAAAAUCCUAGGUUCGGUCGAUAAUCCUCAAGUUUCAGAUGCAUCAGCCAAGACGCCUGAUGCAAUUGAAAAUUCUUCUCAGAAACCCCAAGAUUCCAGCGACACCAAAUCGAGCCAAGAAACUAACAUCAAUAGUUCAAAAUCUGUCCCCGUUAAGGAGAACAAAAAGGGGCGCGUAGAAGACAUGAUUGCGGAGCUGAAGAGCAAGAUUCCGCUGCUGAAGAAGAAGGCGGGAGACUUUGACCCCAAAUUGAUGGCCUGUUGGGAGAAGGGGGAAAAGGUUCCGUUUAUUUUUCUUUGUUUGGCGUUAGAUUUGAUCUCAAACGAGAGUGGAAGAAUUGUGAUCACGGAUAUUGUAUGCAAUACGUUGAGGACUGUUAUGGAUACCACUCCCGAGGAUUUGGUGGCCGUCUUGUAUCUUUUGGCGAAUAGGAUUGCCCCUGCACAUGAGGGAUUGGAGCUGGGGAUAGGGGAGCCAUCGCUUAUUAAGGCACUCGCAGAGUCAUAUGGAAGAACCGAAAAGCAGAUUAAAAACCAAAACAAGGAAUUGGGGGAUUUAGGCCUUGUUGCGAAAGGAAGCCGUUCAUCUCAACUUAUGAUGCGCAAGCCCAAUGCAUUAACAAUUGCCAAAGUUUUGGAUACAUUUCGGCUCAUUGCGAAGGAAUCUGGGAAAGAUAGCCAAGAGAAGAAAAAGAACCAUAUCAAGGGGCUUCUUGUUGCAGCUACUGACUGUGAACCUCAAUACUUAAUUCGCCUCCUUCAGGCAAAGUUGCGAAUCGGAUUGGCAGAGCAGACUCUGUUAGCUGCAUUAGGACAAGCUGCUGUAUAUACUGAAAAGCAUUCUAAGCCUCCUUUGGAUAUUCAGUCUCCUUUAGAAGAGGCUGUAAAGAUUGUAAAACAAGUAUAUUCUGUGCUACCCGUCUAUGAUAAGAUAGUGGAUGCUCUUCUUAAUGGCGGUGUAUGGAACCUCUCAAAAACAUGUAGCUUUAUGCCAGGUGUUCCAGUUGGACCAAUGCUGGCAAAACCAACCAAAGCAAUAUCUGAAAUCUUAAAUAAAUUCCAGGAUAUAGAAUUUACUUGUGAAUACAAGUAUGACGGAGAGCGCGCUCAGAUACAUUAUAUGGAGAACAACUCGGUUGAGAUUUACAGUCGAAAUGCGGAACGAAACACUGGGAAGUUUCCUGAUGUUGUUGCUACAAUCUCAAGGUUAAAAAAGUCCUCUGUGAAAUCAUUUAUUUUGGAUUGUGAACUAGUUGCUUAUGACAGGGAGAAACAAAAAAUUCUGCCCUUCCAGAUCCUUAGUACUCGAGCACGCAAGAAUGUGAAUUUAAGUGACAUCAAGGUUGAAGUUUGCAUAUUUGCUUUCGAUAUGUUGUAUCUCGAUGGCAAACCACUCAUUCAGGAACAACUAAAAGUUCGUAGAGAGCGACUUUAUGACUCAUUUGAGAAAGAACCUGGGUAUUUUCAGUUUGCAACUGCAACAACGUCAAAUGAUCUUGAGGAAAUACAGAAGUUUCUUGAUGCUUCUGUUGAUAAUAGUUGUGAGGGUUUGAUUAUCAAAACUCUAGAUAGAGAUGCUACAUACGAGCCUUCGAGACGGUCAAACAAUUGGCUAAAACUAAAGAAAGAUUACAUGGAGAGUAUUGGGGACUCGCUAGAUCUAGUACCUAUUGCUGCUUUUCAUGGUCGGGGAAAACGCACUGGUGUAUAUGGCGCUUUUCUUCUUGCUUGUUAUGAUGGCAACAAUGAAGAAUUCCAAAGCAUCUGUAAAAUAGGGACUGGAUUUUCUGAAGCAAUGCUUGAAAAACUUUCAGCCAGUCUUCUUUCUAAAGUGAUUCCAGGACCAAAGCCAUACUACAGGUUCGCAGAUACAAUCAAUCCAGAUGUGUGGUUUGAACCCACUGAGGUUUGGGAGGUUAAAGCUGCAGAUCUGACCAAGAGUCCUGUUCAUCGUGCUGCAAUUGGAAUAGUGGAUUCCGAUAAGGGUAUUUCUCUCCGAUUUCCACGUCUUCUUCGUGUCCGUGAAGAUAAAACUCCGGAACAAGCCUCUUCAUCUGAGCAGGUAGCUGAGAUGUAUAGUGCUCAGAAAGUCAAUCACUCAAAAAAUCAAGAAGAAGAAGAUGAUGAUUAAGGAGUGCAAUCAAUUUCAGGCUCAUCCUAGGAGGUGGUUUCUGUUGCUUGACAGGUGUGCAAGAGGCAUCAUGCACGAGAUUUAUAAGAUCGAGCGUAUCUGCUAAGAAGGCUAAUCAACGAUCAUCACUUUGGAUAUAUUAUUGUCUCUAGCAUAUCUUGUCAACUAAUUCUCAGACAUUUGUUUGUUAAUAAGGCUUUUGUGAACUGCUUGCAGUUCACAAUCACUGGUUGUAGCUCCUGUGUUGUUUUGGAUUUGUUUGUGUUUCUAAUCGCUCUGUUUUAUACUUGGGCUAGUGGAUAGAAGUUCAGGACAAAAUGGCUUUCGGUCUCUCUCGGGUCAGUCUAUUAUGGGCCUGGCCUAUGAAGGCCGGAUGAGGUCCAUUUAGGGCGGAAUAUCCGAUGCUCAAUGUGACAGUAUAGUGGAGAGAGAGAGAGAGAGUCUAGUUUGUUAUGAUAAAAGUGAUGGUAGUCAUUCGAAGAAACUCUGGAUUCAAAGAGAGAAUCAUUAGAUGAAACUGAGUCGUUGGUCAAGUUGUCUUCCCCGGAGCUACUACCGUGUUGAUCAGAUUGCGCCCGGCGAGUCGUGAGUUGGCCUAACAUUCCUAACUUGGUCCAAGGGUCACAUGACUUGCGAUUUGACGAGUUUCCUCCUUUUCUUUGGAAGGGCAGGCAGCAUGUUGUCGUAAUGCAACUUCUCUUCUCUUCUUGCUGUCUAAUAAUCGUUCCAGUUGGUUGAAUCGCUGGAAUCUUGGAUCUAUCUAUUCUUGGUCAAUAGGCAAAUAAAAAACGGAAGCUCUCUCACGACGUAUAAUUGAAAUUUUCUCCGGACUUGUACUUUGCAUUGAAUAUUCAGCUUGUAUAGGAAUAUGAGAAGUUGAAAUUUUUAA